AGUGUUCUGUGGGUGGUGUAAUCUAAAUAUUGAACGAUAAGUUUCCAAGAAAUCAAGUUUGUAUUUGCUCAAACAUUAUAUUUUAAAACUGUGACCGAUUUCUAAUGUUACUGAAAUAAUGGAUAAAAUACCUCGAACUCAUGAAGCUAUUGAAGCUCAGAUAAGGGAGAUACAACAAAAAAAGAAUGAAUUACCAGAAAAUGGUACAGGAAAAGGAGUUUCACUGGGUGAAACUUACUAUGACAGUGACAUUUAUGAUAAUGCUGGACAUGGUGGAAAAUCAAGAUAUGAUGGUUAUGUGACAUCUAUAGCAGCCAAUGAUGAAGUUGAAGAUGAAGAUGUGGAAAAUGUACCAGUCUCACAAAAAAGACCAGGAUAUACUGCACCAGCAUCCUUACUCAAUGAUAUAGCACAGAGUGACAAAGACUAUGACCCAUUUGCAGAUAAAAGAAGACCUACAAUUGCAGAUAGAGAAGAUGAGUACCGUCAGAAGAGGCGUAGGAUGAUUAUAUCACCAGAGCGAAAUGAUCCGUUUGCAGAAGGUGGUAAAACACCUGAUGUUGGAUCAAGGACCUAUACAGAAAUUAUGAAAGAACAGUAUUUGCGUGCUGAAGAGACAGAAGUAAGUAAAUUGUUACUACUUUCACCUUUAAAAAUUAUUAUUAUUUGGGAGCAGGGAUUGAAAACUGGUUCCAAAUUCUGUUCUACAAUAAGGUUCCAUAAAGUUUCCUUUUGCUACGGUUCUCGUUCUGGUUAAGGUUUAAGUUACUUUAAGGAAAACUCGGCUUUGAAACCAUCACCAUUUUUAAAAUCAAUUUUACAAAUUUAACCAGUUUUAUUUGGAUCCAAAAAAAAACCAUGAUGCAGCAAAAGUUUUAGUCUAGCCGAAACUGCGAUUAGAAACACGAUGUGUUGCAUUUUACUCAAAAAAUAAUAAUCUGAAGCUACAUUUUUCCUGAUUAAUUUUUAGUUUCAUUCAAAAUGAUAAUAAACAUUGAUUAUAUAAGUCAUAAAAUAUAUUAAAACAUGCUCUUUAAUAUGCAAUUCUGCCAUUUCUUUUGUAAAUUAAAACAUAUUAUUUUUACAAAUCAAAAUGAAAAUGAAUAGAAUAGAAUAAACCUCAUACGGUACCUUGAGGAUCACCAGCUGAUUAGUGACCGCCAGUACGGUUUUCGUCGGGGUCGAUCAGCUGGUGAUCUUCUGGUCUACUUAACUCAUAGAUGGGCGUUGGCAGUAGAGUCCAAGGAGGAGGCAUUGGCCGUUAGUUUGGACAUUGCGAAGGCCUUCGAUCGGGUUUGGCACAAAGCGCUUCUUUCGAAGCUCCCUUCCUAUGGGCUUCCCGAGAAAUUAUGCAAUUGGAUCACCAGCUUUCUUGCAGAUCGGAGCAUCAAGGUCGUUGUAGACGGUGCAUGCUCCGACUACAAGCCUAUUAACGCUGGUGUUCCACAAGGCUGCGUGCUAUCACCAACGCUGUUUCUUCUGCAUAUCAAUGAUAUGUUGCAAGCCGGUAGCAUUCAUUGCUAUGCGGAUGACAGCACUGGUGAUGCUCUCUACACCGGCCGUGCCAAUAUUUCUCGGGAAAACGUCACCGAGUACCGGAACAAACUUGUGUCUGAAGUCGAGUCUUUGCUGGACAAAGUCUCGGAUUGGGGGCGACUAAAUCUAGUCCAGUUUAAUCCUCAGAAGACACAAGUUUGCGCGUUUACCGCUAAAAAGAACCCCACUGUCGUAUCUCCUCAGUUUCAAGGUACUCCCCUUGUUGCCUCAGCCAGUAUCGGAAUCCUUGGCGUCGACAUAUCGAGUAGCGUGCAGUCUCGUGGUCACUUGGAAGAAAAGGCCAAAUUGGCCUCUAAAAAGCUUGGCGUGCUCAGCAGAGCGGGACAGUAUUUCAUGCCGGCUCAACGCCUGCAACUUUACAAGGCGCAGGUUCGGCCUCACAUGGAAUACUGUUCCCAUCUCUGGUCUGGGGCUCCCCAGUGCCAGCUUCUUCCACUUGACCGCAUCCAGCGCAGAGCGGCUCGAAUCGUCGACGACCGAGUCCUUUCCGAUCGGCUAAUCAGAAAAUGCUAAGAGAUGUUGCAUCUCUUAGCAUUUUCUUUCGCAUUUAUCAUGGGGAGUGCUCUGAGGAAUUGUUCGGAUUAAUCCCAGCCGCCAAAUUUCACGAACGCACAUCGCGGCAGAACUCCCGAUACCAUCCACACCAUCUGGAUGAUUGGCGGUCCACCACUGUGCGAUUUAGAAGAUGUUUUCUUCCUCGCACAACUUCCUUGUGGAAUAGUUUACCACCAGCGAUUUUUCCGGACCGAUACGACUUAGGGACCUUCAAGAAAAGAGCCUACUCCUUUUUAAAAGGCCGGCAACGCAUCUGCAAUUCCCCUGGUGUUGCGGUUGUUCAUGGGCGGCGGUAGUCACUUACCAUCAGGUGAGCCGCAUGCUCGUUUGCCCCCUCUCCUAU